CAGAACUAAUUUUUGCAGAUCUACCGGUAAUCGUUAAUAUUUUUGGGUCAGCAGAAAAGUAUCGAGGGAUACAGAAUUCACUCCUGGCAUUCUGGAUAUCUCUGAUGGAGUCGUCUACAACCAGAGAGACAGCUUUCGUAGGAGAAGAUCAGGCCGCCACCGAAACAAAUCUGAGACUUGGACAGUAUCCUUCAGUGUCAAAAUCGACGCACCCUUUGUGCAAUGGCAGACUACCAGACCUCCGCGUGUCAGAACAGAGCUCAAACAGCCCGAAAAUCAAGCAGAGAAGGCCAGAGGAGGCCGUUGAUGUUCGCCAUGGCCAAAAUGAGAAAAACAUAACCAUACUGGUAAAACCUGAAAUUGAAGCUGGAGAUGGCCAGGCUCCCGUGAUCAUUGGGGAAGCAGAAGACCAUAUUGGGGAGCGUUAUACAGGGGUUUCUUCUCUUCUGUCGAUGGACAAAGAGAACACGAACGGUGAGAAGGAAACACAGCAGAAGACAGUUGACAGGUAUUGUCAGAGGGCAGUGCCAUGUCAGAACGAAAAUUCUGGGGCAGUCGACUCCUAUCCGUCUAACGAAACCUUCGGCAACGAAACUGCAAACGGAUGUGAGAACUCGGAUGGCCACGUCAUUCACUUAGUCGACGACGGAAAUGGUGUGGCGACGUUCAGGGUUUCUUCCCCUGCUGCCGGGGCGCAGGACACCGCUGUCACAGUUAUCGAGGAUGGUCACAUCAUCGUCUACGAGCAGGGCGCAGCCAUCGAAGCUUUAGACAACGAUGCCGGGGGUUAUCCUGGCGUCGCCGUUGGCAAGGUGGAGUCAGACGAACCUGGGGAGUCUGCUUUUGCUAGCAGAAACGCCAGCAAGACGCACCUUUCCAUUCGAUGUUAUCCUCCGACCACCGGCAGCUGCAGCCGCCAGGACGAGCGCGCAAGCGGCAGGGGCAGUGUACCCAUGUCUGAGAUCCCGCAGCCGGGAGGGUACAGCGGGGGACGGGGCGGGAGGCACUGCAUCACGUUUCCGGAGAAAGAAGAAAUGGGGCGCACGACAUACGGUGAGUCCAACCUCGUGAGACCUUUGCUGCACGACUGUCCGAGGCCAGCGAUUCCGUUGACCAGUACCAACUGCAGCAACAGCAACAGUAGUGACGGGAACAGAGAAGGCCAUCGGCAUUCUGCGACUUCGGCCUUUAACCCUGAUGCACCCAGCCAAAAUCAACAGGCUGAGCCGCUCGUCAAGACGUGGACUUACUCCUCGGACAGGGACGUCCCGCUCACUCAGCAUCACUACGUAGGCGAAUCCGCAGGCUGUGCGUACCCAGCCACAUCCGGCGCUUCUUCAGCGGUUUCCAUGGCAACAAGUCACCCGGUGUAUGAGGACUACAUGUCCAACACUCCUGCCAUCACUAACGCUCACCCUAACUACACGGAUCUGAGUGGCGCCUACCCGGGGUAUGGCAGUCCCUACAGUUCUUGGCCUGCGGCGUGUCACACGUCGGCUGGUCACCCAGAGAACUACCAUAGCUACCCCAUGGAAGCAGCCUUGCCGGAGGCCGAGCACAAGAUAGCAAUGGGCUACCCACACGUCCAUGCACACUCUAUACCAGCAAGCUACCCGGCUCACUACCCGUCUACUUACCUACCUGCUCCGUCAACGACGUACCUUGGCUACGCGGGUGACCGGACAUGGCAUUCAGGUAAGAACAUCGCUGGAGAGGCUUUGGACGUUCCAGCAGGCCGACAUACCGGAAGUGUCGCUCGAGAUGCUGCCAUCUAUCACCAUCAGCAUUAUCAGCAGCAACAACAGCAGCUGCAGCCAGGAAUACCUAAGCACAUCAGUGUUCCAGCCCCUAUGGGACGGGGAUGGGACAGCUCCUGUCCCUCUCCUGGCUGGGACACAACGACCCAGAGAAACGCGCGGUAUACAGCCUCGGGGCGUGGCCGAGGUGUCAGAGUGGAUGCAGCUGCCCAGGGCAAACACUCUUACAACGGAGGUAACUACAAUACUCGUUCAGCGCCUGCGACCACUAGCAACAACUUCGUGGGCAGGACGCGCAAACGGACAGCCUCCCUCCCAGACGGCACAGCAGACGACAAAACCACAUACCAGGCAGGAAGUGCCGGCAUUUUCCCCACCAAGGACCCACAGGCCCGCAAGCGGCAGAGAGACGCCCCUUAUUCUGUUACCUCCAAUGUGCACACGCUGAAACCAGGUCACAUCAUUGCCUGGUACAUCGACUAUCUCAUCCACGAGAACGAAGAUCGCACCCAGAUUUCACGAGCCUUCACUCUUCCGGUUAAUCUCUUCCACACAGAUGACUUCUACUUCCUCGAAUCUUUGCGCAAAAAGGUGCGGUUUCCAAGUCCUAAGUUCCUUGCUUGGAUGCAGCGUCAGCUUCCUUCACUCAACGCCCAUGCUAUCGACUUUCGAGAGGGUCGUCCUGCCGCUGGCAGUGCAAGUGGCUGGAACGCGGACUGGAGCUGGCAGAGCAAGUCCAAGCGUGACAUCAUCCAUGACGUAUUCUUCUUCUUCCAGCACCGCAAGGCAGCUAAUCCUGAGAGAGAGACUGUGCUCACACAAAGACCCAAAGGGCCGCUUGUGGCCUGAAAGUCUUCUCAUUCACAGACUAGCUAGGGAGAAAUCCUGCAUGGACCUAAUUAGGAGCUGAAACACUGCCAAAUGAGUUGCGACCCGUUGAAGAGAUGCUUAGAAACAGUCGUGUUUUCGAUAGCCCAAUCCAGCAAACUCUGUUUUUAUCCCAAACAUGCUAUUCUGUUCGUACGGGUGUUUUCUACGACAGUUUUUUGAGUGCGGGCGGGAUUUUAAACUCAAUUAUUUCUUCGAUUUCUGUUACUUGUGUCGUCAGGUUUCACACUUUUCAUCCGAGGAAGUGGUAGAGGCAAACACUGGCACGGUAUAUGUAUCGCGUGUAGGUGUGCUCCCAGCAUUACAGAGGGUUGUCUGCAGUUUAUAAAAUGUUGACGGAUUCUUGUCGGAAAGUUGCGCUUGAUUGCAGACAUCAGAACACCGUCUUCUGGUUAACAUCCUGUUUCAUGCAGUAUACUUAGCAUCUCUGCAGCAAAAAAAUGUCAAAAUUAUAUAACAAUAAGGUGCAAAAGACCAGAGACGGCCUUGAGCAAAGAUCCGUAUUUUCUACCAUUAUCUCUGACGGUCAUCUUGGUGUUAGGUGCACGUGUGAAGCCUGUCAGUUUUCUGUCAUUGUGCAUGAGAUAAGCGUGUUAGGGCGCAUUGCAUUACAAAUAACGAGAUGUUUUUUGUUGCUAAAUUCACUGCACAUCGAAAAUUGUGCUUUAGUACCAGACAACGCAACUGACAACGACGACUAUCGCGCAUGGGUGGCACGUGACUGCCAGGGUAAGGGACUUCCGGUUCUUGCAGACGACCGCCUGUGUUCGUUGUUAGGUUGCACAAAGCUCAUGAUAUUAUUGAUUGUGAAGAUUUAUCUUUUGCAUGUGGCUAAGCCGUUGUUGGAUUUGAAUUGUUUGUUGUUGAUUUUUUUAAACAAAACUUUAGACAAAGCAGAUGGACUCGCUGAUUUUUUCGGCUAAGCGUAGAAUCGGCGGUUUUAUUGGAGCUUGAGGAGCCGCAAAGUCGCGGCAUGCUGAUCUCAGCAUUCCCCACCAACAGGCCGAUCUUUUUGCAUCACUUCUUCCCCAAGGAACAUGCACGUGCCUUUUUUUUUCUUUUUGGAAGACUCCGAUCACGGACCGUACAUAAGCUACAUAGACCCUUGCUCCGGUGACCAUUGAUUCUAACUGGACCUUCGGAUCGGCCGACAUCGGAUCGAGUUGCUUUUCAGCUGAUUUUCGGCAAACUCGAUCAGUUUGGUACACAGGUCUUCAUUAAAUGAUAAAUGCAAAGUGUCCCACCUCUGCCCUUCUGCUUAGUAUACCAAUUAAUUUAAAGAAUAAAACAAUUACUGAAGUUGU